UCCCUGUUUAUCCUGAAAAGGAUUUGAAGACAGCUUGAAGGAUAAAAAGCCUCGGUGCUUCCCAGGCGCCGAACGGAGGAGCCGAAGAGGAAGAGCCGGGGCUGCCGGAGCCUUCGGAGAUGGACGAGCAGCCGAGGCUGAUGCAUUCCCACGCUGGGGUCGGGAUGGCCGGACACCCCGGCCUGUCCCAGCACUUGCAGGAUGGGGCCGGAGGGACCGAGGGGGAGGGCGGGAGGAAGCAGGACAUCGGGGACAUUUUACAGCAAAUUAUGACCAUCACAGACCAGAGUUUGGAUGAAGCGCAGGCCAGAAAGCACGCUUUAAACUGCCACAGGAUGAAGCCCGCCUUGUUUAAUGUGUUGUGUGAAAUCAAAGAAAAGACAGUUUUGAGUAUUCGGGGAGCCCAAGAAGAGGAGCCCACAGAUCCCCAGCUGAUGCGACUGGACAACAUGCUGCUAGCGGAGGGUGUGGCAGGGCCCGAGAAAGGAGGAGGUUCUGCAGCAGCGGCGGCGGCGGCAGCAGCUUCUGGGGGAGCAGGUUCAGACAACUCAGUGGAGCAUUCCGAUUACAGAGCCAAACUGUCACAGAUCAGACAAAUCUACCACACGGAGCUGGAGAAAUAUGAGCAGGCAUGCAAUGAAUUCACCACCCACGUGAUGAACCUCCUUCGAGAGCAAAGCCGGACCAGGCCCAUCUCCCCGAAGGAGAUCGAGAGGAUGGUCAGCAUCAUCCACCGCAAGUUCAGCUCCAUCCAGAUGCAGCUCAAGCAGAGCACGUGCGAGGCCGUCAUGAUCCUGCGCUCCCGGUUUCUGGAUGCUAGGCGGAAGAGACGGAAUUUCAACAAGCAGGCCACAGAAAUUCUGAACGAAUAUUUCUAUUCCCAUCUCAGCAACCCUUACCCCAGUGAGGAAGCCAAAGAGGAGCUAGCCAAGAAGUGUGGCAUCACAGUCUCCCAGGUAUCAAACUGGUUUGGAAAUAAGCGGAUCCGGUACAAGAAGAACAUAGGUAAAUUUCAAGAGGAAGCCAAUAUUUAUGCUGCCAAAACGGCUGUCACUGCCACCAAUGUGUCAGCCCACGGAAGCCAAGCUAACUCGCCCUCCACUCCCAACUCAGCGGGUUCUUCCAGUUCUUUUAACAUGUCAAACUCUGGAGAUUUGUUCAUGAGCGUGCAGUCACUCAAUGGGGAUUCUUACCAAGGGGCCCAGGUUGGAGCCAACGUGCAAUCACAGGUGGAUACCCUUCGCCAUGUUAUCAGCCAGACAGGAGGAUACAGUGACGGACUCGCAGCCAGUCAGAUGUACAGUCCGCAGGGCAUCAGUGCUAAUGGAGGUUGGCAGGACGCUACUACCCCUUCAUCAGUGACCUCCCCUACAGAAGGCCCUGGCAGUGUUCACUCUGACACCUCCAACUGAUCUCCCAGCAAUCGCAUCCCGGCUGACCCUGUGCCGCAGUUGGGGCAGGGGCAGGAGGGAGGGUUUCUCUCCCAACGCUGAAGCGGUCAGACUGGAGGUCGAAGCAAUCAGCAAACACAAUAAGAGUCUCCUUCUCUUCUCUUCUUUGGGAUGCUAUUUCAGCCAAUCUGGACACUUCUUUAUACUCUCUUCCCUUUUUUUUUCUGGGUAGAAGCCACCCUCCCCUGCCUCCAGCUCUCAGACUGGUUUCUGUCAUUUUCCCUGGCCCUGUCCUCUGUUCUAGACUCUCCAGGUUCCUGCCCUCUAUUAUAUCGCUGAAGGAUAUUUUCAACAAUUAGAGGAAUUUAAAAAGAAAAAAAAAAGCCAAUUACAAAGAAAACAAUAAACGUAUUUGUAUGUUUUCAUGCUGGUGGUUUGAGGAGCCAAAUUUACCUCACUCAGAGCCCUCACCCCUAUGUUGACAGGCAA